AUGGACGACUACAUGUUCCGCGAGCAUGUCAGCAAGUGCCGCCAAGUCUCGGAGGCGACGCACUAUAUUGAGAUUCUCAACUAUUCUGACCAUUUCUACAAUUCGUGCGAGGAGCACCCCCUGACCAUGGAUGAGUUUGACAACUUCCUCUACCGACGGGGCGCGUUCGAGCCAGCAAAGGUCAAGGAGGGCGUCAAACUGCUUAACGGCAUCCGAUUAGUACUCCAAAAGAACGCCAAGCACAAGGAUACAUUCGCUCCGCACACAAUCUCCUUCACGCCAGAUGCCUACGAGUCCAUGGUCCGCGUCAUGCGGCUGCCCUUCAGAGCCAUCGAGGGCACCAGCGUCGUAGGGCCGUUUUUCUGGUGCGCCUACGACCAGGAUGACGAUGAUCCCACUCUCCAAAUCAUCUUCCGCAAGUCCGACGUCCGCAAAAAGGGCAAGACGCGCGGGUGGGAGAUCAUGCUCUCGCACUGCUUCAGCACCGGCAUCACGUCAGGCUUCGUCAAGGGCACGCCGAGCUCCGACAUCGUGAGCGCGAUUCAGCACCUGACGUUCUGCGCGCGGCAGGUGGGCCACCCGAUGCUACUGCCCAUCAUCAUCCUCUCGCACGACCUGUCGUCGCAGAACGACCAGAAGCAGCGCGACGCGCGCGACUGGUUGCGCAAGCUCGAGCACGCCGUCAGCAUGCGCAACGAGAUCGAGGACGAGGAGGGCUACGUCAGCAAGGACGGGUACCUCGAGGUCGACGCCAUCAGCCGCGACCUCGUCGAGUGCCACAGCCAGGUGCUAUGGAAGCGGCCGCAGGCAUAUCUGGAGAUUGUCAAGGAGAUGGAGGCCGGGCUGGAGAAGUUCAAGAAAAUGGUGCCCGCCGAGCACCUCCCGUCGGACCUGGACAAGCUGCACCGGAGCAUGAUUGCCAGGCUGGACUUCUACCGGCUGAAGCUCAAGGGUAUCGAGAAUUACCAGGCGACGACGUUGGAAAGGCUUCACAUUCAGCGGAGCGCGCUGUACAACCUACUCUCCCAGCGAGAGUCAAAGAUUCAGUUCCAGAUGGCCGGUGAGCAGCGCAGGCUGGCGCACGCUAGCAAGCGCGAUAGCACGGCGAUGAAGACCAUCUCGCUGCUCGGUGCCGUGUUCCUGCCGGGAACAUUCCUUGCGUCCGUCUUCAGCAUGACUUUCUUCGACUUCGGAAGGGAUGCGGAUCCGGUCAUCUCCAAGGAUCUCUGGGUGUACUUUGCCAUCACGAUACCGCUAACGAUCGCCAUCGUCGUUGGGUGGAUCCUGUUCGAUCGGCGGCGCGAGGGCAAGUUCGCCUCCGAGGACGCGGACCUGGAGAAGAACAUUGAGCACAUGGAGGCGGACAUCAUGGCCAUGAUGCGGAAGCGGACGAUGAGCAAGGCCAACACAUGGACAUCGGUCACGUCGCCCAUACGACCAUGA